AUGCACAGGAGGCAGAAACCCGGCGCUCCAGAGCGCCUCAGGGACCCCGCGUUGCGUGGAGCAGCUCCCUCUGUGUCCCACAGCGACUCGCGCUCCUUUUUCAACUUCUCUCAGCUGGUGCUCUCCGCCGGCCAGUUCAAAGCGCCGCCAGCGCUCAAACACUCAAAGAUCACUUACUUUGAGGUGGAGAUUCUCGAUGUGCAGAGCAAGAAGCAGAUCUGCAUUGUGGACAAGGUAUCUCCAUCAUCUACCCUUCUUGAUGUGAAACACAAAUUUCACAAAGCAUGUCCCCAGUGGUACCCUUCCCGUGUUGGCCUGCAACUAGACCGCAAUGGGCCCUACUUGAAGGAUUCCGUUAACAUUCAAAGUCUCGCCGUUUCCUCCAUCAUUACGCUGUAUUUUACAGACCUGGGUCAGCAGGUUGGGUGGACCACA